AUGAUCUCGCUGGACUUCAACUUCAACAUCUUGACCCGGGACCUGUCGCAUUAUCUGGAGAACCAAGUGAGAGUUGGGCUGCUCGGCUCGGGAGUGGGACUGUCCCUGGUGCUGGGCUUUAGCGCAGCGUACACCUGCUACUACCUGAUCUCAGUAGCGAAGAAGCCACAACUCAUCUCGGGGGGGAAUAAGUUCUACCAGUUCCUGAGGGAACAAUGUCCGGUGGUGUCGGAGACCUACUACCCCACCUUUUGGUGCUGGGAGAGCCGCAUCCAGACUCUGCUCAGACCCUUCGUCACAGCCAAACCUGGGGUUGUUUACAGAAAUGAGCUUAUUAAGGCAGCAGAUGGAGGACAGAUCUCUUUGGAUUGGUUUGAUAACGAUGACAGCCUCGCUCAUCCCGACCCUGCAACCAGGCCCACGGUGCUCCUUCUCCCCGGUCUGACCGGCACCAGCCGAGAGUCCUACAUUCUGCACAUGGUCCAGCAGAGCCGGGAUCUGGGCUAUAGGUGUGUGGUAUUCAACAACAGAGGGGUUUCUGGUGAAACGCUACUGACCCCAAGGACAUACUGUGCAGCCAACACAGAGGAUCUGGAGACUGUCAUCGACCACAUCCAGAGGUCCAAUGAAGCUGCUCCUAUCAUGGCUGCUGGCGUGUCCAUGGGCGGGAUGAUGCUGGCCAAUUAUCUCGGGCGAAAGGGCCGGGAAACCUGCCUGAAAGGUGUCGUAGUCUUCUCAGCAGGCUGGGACGUAUUUGAAUGCACCGCUUCGCUGGAAAAACCCCUCGACCGUUUCAUCUUCAACUCCUACCUCACCAGCUGCCUACAAGCCUCCGUGCACAGACACAGACCAGUGCUCGAAAAUUGUUACGACAUCGAUCAUGUCAUGAAGGCAAAGACCAUCCGGGAGUUCGACGAGCGGUUCACCUCCAUAAUGUUUGGUUACCCUACCAAUGACGACUACUACCACGAUGCCAGUCCUGUACACAGGCUGAAAUCUGUGCAGGUGCCAAUGCUGUGUCUGAACGCUGCUGAUGAUGUCUUCUCUCCGUCUCAUGCCAUUCCAGUGGAGGCAGUGAAGCAGAAUCCCAACCUGGCCCUACUCAUUACCUGUCAUGGCGGCCAUAUUGGCUUCCUGGAGGGCCUGUGGCCUCGACAGAGCACUUACAUGGACCGGGUCUUCAAGCAGUUUGCCAAGGCAGUCAUCGAACAAGGCGGCCGACUCAAAGACCUCUCCUGA